GGUACAGUCCAAAGUGUUCCAAAAAUUCAAGAUGUCAGCCUCCUGGAGCAACAUGAAAGUGAUUUAUGAUAGAAUCGGCUUAAAAUUGUACAAAACUAUAGCAUUUAAAGAUAUCUACCACAUUGUUAAAUUCCGAAGUUAUUGUGCAACAAGUGCUCCACAAAGUGCUGAUAGUGGUAAGAAACAAUAUAUAGCCACAGAUUACACAUGUCCUACUGCACCAGGGGAUAAGAAAGACACAACAUGUGAACUACCAGCAGCUUAUAACCCCCAGUAUGUGGAGGCAGCAUGGUAUGAAUGGUGGAUGAAGCAAGGUUACUUCUCCCCUAAAGAAGGAGUGGAUAAAUCAAAGAAGUUUGUUAUAUGCCUACCUCCACCAAAUGUAACGGGAACUCUUCAUCUUGGCCACGCUCUUACAUGUGCUGUACAAGAUGCUAUUGUUAGAUGGCAUCGUAUGAGGGGGUAUGAGACUCUAUGGAUACCUGGUUGUGAUCAUGCUGGGAUAGCUACACAAGUAGUUGUGGAGAAACAGCUGUGGAAGGAGGAGAAAAAGACGAGGCACGACGUUGGCAGAGAAGAAUUUCUACGACGUGUUUGGAAAUGGAAAGAGAGUAAAGGUGAUACCAUAUAUGAACAAAUGAAGAAAAUGGGGGCAUCUCUAGAUUGGGAAAGAGCUUGUUUUACUAUGGACAAGAAAAUGAGUGCAGCUGUCGCUGAAGCAUUUGUGAGACUACAUGAUGAGGGUCUGAUAUACAGAUGUGAUAGACUAGUGAACUGGUCAUGUGAACUGAAGUCAGCUAUUUCUGAUAUAGAGGUAGAGAAUGUCGAUGUAAAAGGGCCGACUAGAUUAUAUGUUCCUGGUUACAGUAAGCCUCAAGUGUUUGGAGAGAUGGCUUCUUUUGAUUACCCAGUUCUUAAUUCAGAUGAGAAGAUCACAGUGUCAACAACUCGUUUGGAGACAAUGCUGGGUGAUACAGCUGUGGCCGUCCACCCGGAGGACCCUCGGUAUAAACAUCUGCACGGACAGUUUGUCCAGCAUCCACUAGAUGAUAGACGUAUUCCUAUAAUAUGUGAUGAUUAUGUGGACAUGAACUUUGGCACAGGUGCAGUCAAGAUCACGCCAGCACAUGACAAUAAUGAUUAUAACAUCAGUGUCCGUCAUAAACUACCUUUAAUAAACAUUAUCAAUGACACAGGGGAAAUGGAAAACGUUCCCGAGGCAUUUAUAGGGCUGAAGAGAUUUGAUGCAAGGAGAGCAGUUGCUAAGGCGUUGGACAAGAAAGGAUUAUAUAAAGGGAGGAAACCUCAUUCAAUGGUGUUACCUAUAUGUAGUAGAUCUAAAGAUGUGAUUGAACCAAUAUUAAAGGCACAGUGGUAUAUAAAUUGUGAAGAUAUGGCACUAAAUGCAGUGAAAGUAGUAGAGAAUGGGGAUUUGACCUUCACACCUGACUAUUAUAAAAAGAUUUGGUAUGAAUUCCUGAAAGAUGAAAAGUCAAGGGACUGGUGUAUAUCACGACAGAUAUGGUGGGGGCAUAGGAUACCUGCUUACAAAGUUAUUCAGAAAACUAAUCAGAGAACAAGUGAUGAGUUAUGGGUCAGUGCCCACACAGAACAUGAUGCCUACAUCAAAGCUGAGAAACUGUUUUCAUUAAAUCCAAAUGAGUUCACACUUCAACAAGAUGAAGAUGUAUUGGACACAUGGUUUUCAUCAGCUUUGUUCCCAUUCUCUGUACAUGGCUGGCCAAAUCAGACGACAGAUUUAUUGAAGUUCUAUCCCAGCAACCUCUUAGAAACAGGAAGUGACAUAAUAUUCUAUUGGGUUGCCAGGAUGGUGAUGUUGGGACAGAAAAUGACUGGACAACUUCCCUUCUCAAAAGUUUUAUUACAUGGUAUACUGCGAGAUGCACAGGGAAGAAAGAUGAGUAAAUCUCUGGGAAAUGUUAUUGAUCCAAUGGAUGUGGUCCAUGGAAUAUCAUUAAAUGAUUUAAACAAGCAGGUAGAGCAGAGUAACCUUGACCCCAAAGAGGUAGAGGUUGCUAAGAAAGGUCAGCAGAAAGAUUUUCCUGAAGGGAUACCUGCCUGUGGUACAGAUGCCCUCAGAUUUGCUCUAUGUUCUUAUAACUUUAAAGAUCCUGAAAUUAACAUGAACAUUUCUCAUGUACAAAGUUAUCGUAAUUUUUGUAACAAGAUUUGGCAAGGAUACAGGUUUGUGGCGGACAAGAUAGGGGAUGAAUACAAGUCAACAAUAGAUCUUAAGACUCACACUAUAAAAAGUCCUGUCAACAGAUGGAUGCUAAGUCGACUAAGUCAUUUAGUGUUAAAAUGUGAGGAAAACUUCGCCAGCUAUGAUUUACACCAUGUAACACAAUCCCUUUAUAGUUUCUGGUUUACAGAUUUCUGUGAUGUAUAUCUGGAAUUUUCAAAACAAGUAUUCCAGUCGGAAGAUGACGACAGUAAAUCCACGGUACAAGAAAUUCUCUACCUAUGUACUAGCACAUAUAUGCGUGCAAUAAGUCCGUUUAUGCCAUACUUGUCGGAGGAGCUAUACCAGAGGCUUGAACCAGGAGCUGACAGUGUUUGUGUGGCACAGUAUCCGGCAACAGAUAACUAUAGAUGGUAUAAUGAAGAAUUAGACAGGGAGAUGGAAGUAGUUAGAGAUAUACGUAGAGUCACAUUAUCUCUAGCCCAGACAUUUAACUUGACCAAGAAACAUGCGGAAGUAUAUAUACAAUCAAGUCCUGCCCACUGUGAUAUGUUUAGACAAUAUAUGACUGUGUUUAAUGCACUGUUAAGGGUGAAGUCACUACAGUUGGUCAGUGAUGGUGGAUCUAUACCAUUAGGCUGUAUACAUAGAGAGAUAACACCAGAAAUAACUGUACAUCUUAAACUACAGGGCUCGAUUGAUCAUUCAGCUGUGUUAGAAAAGUUUGAGAAGAAAGUAGCCAGUUUACAGAAGAAACUUGAUGGUAUAGAGAAAAAAGUUGGAAAGGCAGCUGACAAAGAUAAAAGUGCUUAUAAAAAGAUUGAUUCAUACAGGAGUGAGCUCGAGGUCUUUCAGAAUUAUAUAGACACUUUAAAAUCAUUUGAUGAAAAUGGAAGAUAAAAAAUAAACCAAUGUAUAGAUAUAUUAGCUAAUGUGUAGUUUGACUGGGGGAUCAAUAUUCAAGAGAUGUGAAAACUCAAAAGGGAGGCCAUAAAAAACCUUUGCAAAAGGUUGGUUUCGUGCAAAAGGCCAAGUAACUUUUCAUCAGGUCUGGUUCCCAGCAGUGCCAUUUACACUCCUCCGAAUUUCGAACAAAUUGGACAAAACAUAAAUCAGAGGAAACU